UCACAAGAGCACUGUGAUCCUCCGUUCGGACGGUAUUUUAGCUGUUAGUUUAUUAGAUUAAUAUCAUCUUUGCAGAUGAUCGGACACCUUAAGUGAUUCUUGUGUGGAUAUUUCAGUGAGGUGGUCUCUGUUAGACUUUAUCAGGUUUGGUGACCAGUAGUGGUCGCAUGCGGCUCUGAGGCUCAGAUAACAAACUGAGGAGAUUUACAUGUAUUAAUAACACUGAAUAUCUUCAUUAAAUUAUUUGUUAGUGAAAUCUAAAGCAGGAUGAGGAGCUUUUCUAAAAGCAUCGUGUUACUGCUCGUCUGCGGUUUGUUUGUUGAUGUGACAGAUGAGAAGUCCGUGUCAGUGAAUGAGGGAGAAUCAGUCACUCUACACACUGAUGUAACUAAACUACAGAAUGAUGACAAGAUACGGUGGAGGUUUGGAGAAGAAGGUUCUGCCACACUUAUAGCUGAAAUGACUGGUGGAGGUGCUAUAAAUUUUGAAAAUUUUGGUCGAUUCAAAGACAGACUGCAGAUAUUAGAUCUUCAGACUGGAGAUCUCAUCAUCAAAAACAUUAGACACAAACACUCUGGACGAUAUGAAGUAGAUUAUGAGAACAACACUGGAACAACAUACCAGAGAUUGAGAGUUACUGUCAAUGGUGCUCCUCCUGUUUUUAAAUCUGACACAUGUGAAGUGAAGUCAGAAUCAGUGAUGGAGGGAGAUUCUGUGACUCUAAACACUGAUAUUCAAACACAGAGAGGUGAUCUGAUACUGUGGAGGUUUGGAGAUGAUGGUGUUCUCAUAGCUAAACAUGAUAAAGAAGACAAUAAGAGCUCAAUAUAUGAUGAUGUUCUUGAUGGGAGAUUCAGAGACAGACUGAAGCUGGAUCCUCACACUGGAUCUCUCAUCAUCACAAACACCAAAACCACAGACACUGGACUUUAUAAACUAAAGAUCAGCAGCAAUAGAGACACAAAAUACAGGACAUUCAGUGUUUCUGUCAGUGAAUCUGGUCAAUCUGCAGGACUGCUGACUAUUACUGUUGCUGUUGCUCUUGUUUUUGGUGUUUUUAGUGUGAUUGUGUAUCGCCGCAUUAAUUAUGAAAGUCAGAAACGAAAGGUUAAAGAGAAGAAAGUGACUAAAGGAGAUUCUGUCACUCUAGAGACUCAUGUCAAUAAACCUCAGUCUGAUGAUGUCAUCGAGUGGAGCUUUAGAGAUAAAGUGAUAGCCUCAAUCAGAACAUUGAAUGAUCAAUUAAGAGAGAGACUGGAUUUGGAUGAUCAGACUGGAUAUCUCAUCAUCACAAACAUCAGAACAGAAGACGCUGGACUGUAUAAAGUAAAGAUCAGCAGCAGCAGUCGACUGAAAUCAUUCCUUCAGUUCAUCACUGGUGGAGGACCAUCAUACCGUCAAUACAAUGUUAGAGUCAUAGAUAUUCAGAGGAUCUCAACACUGAACACACUGGAGUCUAUGACCUGAAGAUCAUCAACAGUAGAGGAACAUCAUACUCUCAGAUUGAGGUUGAAUUUCAACUAAUUAUAAAUCUUGUCUGAAAAAAAACCCAAUGAAACGUCACGCAGUGUAUAGGCUACGUGUAAGUAUGAUGUCAAUAGUAUUUUCAUAUACUGUGUCAAAAAUGUUGAUUGAUUUAUGUACACCUCUCAAAGUAUCUGUCCACCUGUCCCUCAAACUGAGACUUUUAUAGUAUGACAGCCCUUAUGACAGUUAUAUUUUAGGAUUUUUUUGGGGCUCUCCUCUGACCCCAACCCUUGCUUCAGUGGGUCUAAAUACCUAAACCCCCCUUCAUCACACCCUUUUCAAAAAGUUUUGUUUUCAUCCUGUUUUGCUUUUCCAUCCAUCCAUCCAUUUUCUACCGCUAUUUCCGAACUACCUCGGGUCACGGGGAGCCUGCGCCUAUCUCAGGAGUCAUCGGGCAUCAAGGCAGGAUACACCCUGGAUGGAGUGCCAACCCAUCGCAGGGCACACACUCACUCAUUCACUCACGCACUCACACCCUACGGACAAUCUUUUCCAGAGAUGACAAUCAGCCUACCAUGCAUGUCUUUGGACCAGGGGAGGAAACCCCCAAGGCACGGGGAGAACAUGCAAACUCCACACACAAGUCAGAAGCGGGAAUUGAACCCCCAACCCUGGAGGUGUGAGGCGAACGUGCUAACUACUAAGCCACCGUGCCCUGUUUUGCUUUUACUACAGGAUAUUUGUGAAUGAUGUUUGUAAAACUAGUGAGAUAAUAUAGAUGUUGUAUGUGGGUUUCACUUCUAAGAGUGUUGUUUCCUUGCUUUGUGGUUUUUAUCAUGCAAAUGAGCGAAAUGGGUUUGAAAUCUUCUCAAAGGUUGACUGUCUCACUACUUUCCCAUGAAAGUCAUUUGACUAGUCAAUCAAAGUAAGCUGUUUUUAUGAUCUGUCUGUCUUGUUUGACAGUUUAUAUUGUAGUCCUAUCCCUGCAAGGAGUUUUCAUCCUGCUGGCACAUCACAGUUUGAAACCUAAUGGUUGUGUUUAUAAAUUUGAGAGAGAUAAUGGUUAUUCGUUGUUUCAUCUAAGUGUUUGUUGGUUCCAGGUUUAAGAUUUUUAUCUGACAAAUUCUUAAAGUCUUUGGGUCACCAUUUUAUCAUUGUGUCAAAACUAUAUAUUGUUGAUUCAAUGUCAUGCCCUGACAUGUUGUUCCUGGUCAUGGAGGAAUGGGGGAUUGUUUUCUGUUAGCACCUCUACGGGGUGCAUUUCUAUCAAAUGGUAUAGUCUUAAGACAAUGAGCCCAAAAAAAGGUUGGCGGUUAUCAUCCUGACUGAUUUUCUGGAUAUGUCUGUGUGUCAACGAUCUGGUGUGAGAGAAAAUCUCUCAUGUUUGUGUAGGUGACUCAAUCAAGCAUGUUCUACAUCUAGUUUAGGGUAAAACUUUUAAAACUAAGAAUAAAAAAAAUCUAGUCAAUAUCUUCAUCUUCAAUUGUCAUAGGUCUACACUGUUUUAUUUAUUAAAUGUUGAGUUUCAGAUGAAAUCUCAAGAUCUUCAAGAAGGAUGGGCCUAUCCCCUAUAGUUCUAACCUUGGUUUAAAAUAUAAUUGUUUAGCGCUUCUUUCAAAAUUCAAGAUCUAUUAUUGUAUUCAUUAAAAAAAUAGAAUAGUCUAAUAACUUCUUGGCAUCCUGUUGAGUAAAGACUGAGUCACAACAGUGGGGUUUAAAAUAUCAAUUGAAGAAUCAACUGAAAGUCGUGAGUGUAAUUAAUUAAUAGUGUGUGUCUUAUUGAAUCUAACGCAGUUACGUUUUCCAUUGUGUGCGUCCCCUGAGUCAUGUGUUAAUAGGUGCGUUUGUUUCGCGUGUUAUUGGGAGAUAUUGGAAGGCGUGUCUUGCGGAAUUCAAUUGCUAGACUAAACGGGUAUAUAAAUGAGACUAACCACUGCAUGCAGCCCUCAUCGCGUGAAGACCGAAGAGAGUAAAGACCGUCGACUCUACCUGUGCGACUCCACCGAGUAAGGACACCGACAAGGCACUUGAGUAUUACUGUUUUGCACAUCGACUAUUGCCAGGGGCGAUUCUAGGAUUUUCAUUUUAGGGGGGCUCAGCCCCCAAUAAGGGUAUGAUUAAAAAAAUAUUAUUUGACUAUUAGGGUAGGGUUGUUUACUACUAACCUUAUUGCUAUUCACUAUUUCAUUGUAUUCCCUGUAUUUCAUAUAUGGGAGUAGGAGUACUGACUGAACCAUAUACAACACUGUAAAAAAAUUGAAACAUUUAGAUGUGACCAGUCACUAGAACAUUUGAGUUGGGAACGUAGAUUUUUUUACAAUGAAGACUUCUUGAUUCAUUAUUCACUGUACAAACACAAGUACACACGUUUCAUUAAAAGUAACAACAUGAAUUAUCAAUUUGCCACUUCUAUAAAUCAAUUACUUAAUAUAAAACACAAAUCCCUUUACUCUACUCUUACUCUAAUGUAUUAAGUUACACUGAUGAUUCAUUAUUACUUAACAAUAAAAUGUAUUUAAUAGCACAAAACAAAAUAACUCCACAUGAUGUUUCUCUCUCUGUGCCAUUUGUUGCUUUCAGGCAAUGAUGUGUGUAUUUAACCAUUUCUGUGCAUGGCUGCAUAAUGUAA